ACAGAGAUUCGUUGCCAUUAUAGCAGCUGCUCAGUCACAUCGAUCUCGAGCCCAAGUUUCGUCGCGAUCACCGCUCGUUCUAAUAUACGAAUCCGUUCGUAAGCGCUUGCAGCGAGAAGCACCAGCCACGAUAGCCUCGAAAUCGAAAGAGUAAGAAAUCGAUAGAACAUGGACAGCGACGAAGAGUUGACGGUCGAAGAGGACACGCCCGAGAACCUGGCCUUCUUCGAUCGUCUCGAAGAUCUGGUCCGCAGGGACAGGUAUCUCGGGUACGCCCUGAACGAGCGAGUCCUCGGCGACAUCCCGUUCGUCCACUGGGUCUUGAAGCGAGCCAUCGAGCGGCACCACAUGGAGAUCGUGCGCCACAUCGUCGACGCCGCCAGGAUCCCCAUCGUGCCGCUCGAGGGCGAGCACGGCCGCACCGCCAUCCACCUGGCCUACGAUCGGGAGUUCUAUCAGGCCUGCGAGCUGAUGCUGUACCGCUGCGACGACGCGACCAAUCACACGGACCCGGACGGGCUGACGCACUUGCACGUGGCCUGCCACAUCGGCUACGUGGACGCGGCCCGGCGCUACCUCGAGUCCGGCGUCGACCCGAAUCUCCAGCUGUUUCGCUGGUCGAGGCGCGCGGCCAGAUCGCCGCUGCACAUAGCCGUGCUGCAGCUGCAACCGGAAAUAGUGGAGCUGCUGCUGGAGAAGGGGGCCGACGUCAACCUGCUCGACGACUCGACGGGACGCACGGCCGUGCACCGGCUCUGCGCCAUGAUCGCCUUCGGGGCCGAGAAUCGGCAGCUCUACCUCGUCAACCCGUCGAUCUACGCCCGGGCCAAGGCGACCUGGCUGCGACUGCUCGAGACGCUGUGCGAGCACGAGAGCGUGGAUUUGAAUACGCGCGACAACGAGGGCCUGACGCCCGUAGCCACUCUCAUGUUCAAUUCGUCGGAGCUGAGCAAGCUGCAUCACGACGCCCUGGAGCUGCUGCUGAUGAACGGGGCCGAUCCGAGGGGCGCCUUCAAGCCGUGCAACUUGACCGCGUUGCACGGCGCCGUCUGGGCGCAUCGCGACUUCGGCGACAAGGCCAAGUACAACCGCGAGUUGUCGCACGAGCUCUGCGCCGACCUGGUGCAGAUGCUCGCCAUCUACGGGGCCGACGUCGAGGCCAGGGACCGAUUCGGCCGCUCGGUCCUCGAGAUGGCCGUGUCCGCGAUCGAUCUCGAUACGGUGCGCGUGCUGCUGGACCGCGGCGCUCGGCCCCUGUCCAGCCAGGUCGAGUUCAAGCUCGGCUACUUCGAGGACAUGUGGCACUUUCUGCCCAGCCUGGAGAUGAUCGAGCGACUGCUGGCCAUUUUGAGACUGUUCGAGAGCUACGACCUCGAGUUCAAGACGAGUCGCGAGGCCGACCUGAGACUCCUCGAGUUUUUGUACAGAAUGCAGCAGGUGUACAAUCGGGACUCUUUCAGAAAUAUCCUCGAGUUGGGCAACGAAAAUGUGCUCUACGACGCGAUAAAAUUAGUGCCCAACGGUAGAGACGGCUGGGACAGGCACAGCGACGUCAGACAGUACAUCAGACUGAAAUCCGAGCUGGAGCUGCUGGUGAGGCAUGAAAAAGCCAUCAGGGUGGGCCAACUGUACCUGUCCGAGAGCACAAAAUGGGCCUUGGUCUGCGCCACCGAUCAUCUCAAGAAUCACAUGAAGGAGUCCUUCGAGGGCUACGACAAGAUCGUGACGAGCUAUCGAUCCAAGGACUGCUGGAGCGAGGAGGAUCUGCUCGAGGACUUCAAGUACGCGGCCAGCCUCGAGCUCGACGACGAGACGUCGCUGCUCGACUUGAUGCGCGCCUCGCCCCACCGCAUGGCCCUGCGAUUCCGCGAUUUCGGCUUCGAGUACUUCCUGCUGUCGAAAAAGUUUGCCCUCAUCGACGGACUCGUGCGCGGCUACAUCUCCAAAGUUCUGGUGCGCGGAUUCAUGACGCGAAUGGCCCGCAAGUAUCUCGCCAUGCUGCUGGAGCGCGGCGACAUGCCCGAGGAGGUCGACGUGGCCUUCAAGUACCUCAACAACGACGAUCUCAUCAAGUUCAUCGUCGCGGGCAUGUACCUCGAGCCGCUGAUGAUGAGGCUCAAGGAGCAGGCGGACAGAGACAGGAGAGAACGAGAGGAGAGAUCGAGGCAAGAGAGGCUGGAGGCCAGAGCCUGGAGGCGAGCGCUAAAAAUUACCGAGCAAGCCAAUGAAAUCGCUGCUCGUGCAACUGGCCAAGCUAUGAAACAUCUAAUUAUUGGCGAUGAAACGAAUAAAAGCUAUGGUGCCGAGAGUCAACGAGUCCACGACGAGGAAAAUAAAGGAGAAAAAAAUGAAUGCAGUGGAGUUCAUGAACCCAAACGAGAAACGAGUGACAGCCAUGCUACCGAUGGCCAAAGUAAUGAAAAUAAUAAAAACGAUGUAAGUAAAGGUGACAAAAGCAGAAUUGAUACAGACGAAAAGCUAAAGAGUAAGUCCGAUGAAACUGACCACGAAGCCGAAAAAGAAAUGAAUAAAAGCAUUGAUGUCAAUGGUAAAAAUAAAGAAAUCGAGGGCGAAAAAAAUAAAAACGAUAAGAAUGACCCCGAAGAAGCGGAAACUAAACUAUGAAUUUCAGAACAAGGACAGUACCAAAAACUACAUAAAAAAAUGACGAACCCGAGCAUCGAUGUACGCUUCGUGGCAAUUUCGACGGCAAAGAGUACAUCUGCAUCUCUUGUACAAAUAUAAUUCGAUUGUUAUUGAAAA